GUGCUGCUCCUGGCCGGGCUGCUGCUCGUCGCGCUGGGCGUGCUCAUGGUCUACCUGGUGCCCUCGCUCAUCACGCAGCAGGUCCUCAAGAACGUGCGCAUCGACCCCAACAGCCUGUCCUUCAGCAUGUGGAAGGAGAUCCCGGUGCCCUUCUACCUGUCCGUCUACUUCUUCAGCAUCCUCAACCCCAAGGACGUCCUCCAGGGCGAGAAGCCGUGGGUGCAGGAGCGUGGGCCCUACGUGUACAGGGAGUUCCGGCACAAAAUCAACAUCACCUUCAACAACAACGACACGGUGUCCUACCGCGAGUACCGCCGCUUCCAGUUCCAGCGGGACAAGUCCUGCGGCUCCGAGAGUGACUACAUCGUCAUGCCCAACAUCCUGGUCAUGGGCGCAGCGGCAAUGAUGGAGAAUAAGCCCAUGACCCUGAAGGUGAUGAUGACCCUCAUGUUGACCUCCUUUGGGGAGCACGCGUUCAUGAACCGCACUGUCGGCGAGAUCAUGUGGGGCUAUGACAGCAAACUCUUGACCUUCUUGAAUCAGUACUUCCCAAAUGCUCUCCCCUUCAAGGGCAAGUUCGGGUUAUUUGCAGAGCUCAACAACUCCGAUUCCGGGCUCUUCACCGUGUUCACGGGGGUCAAAGACUUCAGCAGGAUCCACCAGGUGGACAAGUGGAACGGGCUCAGCAAGGUCAACUACUGGCGCUCUGACCAGUGCAACAUGAUCAACGGAACGGCAGGGCAGCUAUGGGCGCCGUUCAUGACCCCCGAGUCCUCGCUGGAAUUCUACAGCCCUGAGGCCUGCCGGUCCCUGAAGCUCAUCUACAAGGAGUCGGGGACCUUCGAGGGCAUCCCCACCUACCGCUUCGUGGCCCCCAACACCUUAUUCGCCAAUGGGUCGGUGUACCCGCCCAACGAGGGCUUCUGCCCCUGCUUGCAAUCUGGGGUCCAGAACGUCAGCACCUGCAGGUUCAAUGCGCCCUUGUUCCUCUCCCAACCUCAUUUCUACAACGCUGACCCCGAGCUGGUCGAGGCGGUGAAGGGCCUGCACCCCGACGAGGAGGAGCACUCCCUGUUCCUGGACAUCCACCCGGUCACAGGGAUCCCCAUGAACUGCUCCGUGAAGCUGCAGCUGAACCUGUACAUGAAGGCAGUGAAGGGCAUUGGACAAACGGGGAAGAUCACCCCAGUGGUCCUGCCGCUGCUGUGGUUUGGAGAGAGCGGGGCCAUGGAGGGCGGCACCCUUCGGACCUUCUACAACCAGCUGGUGCUGAUGCCCCAAGUGCUGAACUACGUCCAGUACCUGCUGGUCGCUCUGGGCUGCAUCCUGGUGCUCGUCCCCGGCGCCUGCAUGAUCCUGAAACAGGGUCCCGAUGAUGCCACCAGCCAGCCCUGCCUGACCGCGCAACCAGACUGGCCCCCCAGCCCCUGCACCCCACUUCUUCAGGACUCUCUUGGUGGACAGCCUGCCAGUCUCACAGUCUGAGCCCCCCGUCGCCAUACCCUCCUCAGUGUGGGGUUUGAUUUGUGCUCAGACCCGCUCAGGGAUGGGGCCACUGCCGAGAUUUCCCCGGGAGAAACUCAUCAACAAGGACUAUUCUGGAAUCUUCUCUCCCAGGGGCCCGCGGGCCUGCCAGGGCAGGGGGCGCUCACCCUGCCUGGGGAGAGCCCAGACGACCCUGUUAGCCGCUGAGCCACAGCUCUGGAGGACUCUCGCAGCCUCCCGCCUGCGCUCCCUGUCAGGAAACAGCGGUGCGGGCUGGGGCUCACCCCCCCAGGUCCUGCCCGGCCUGCGCGGACCCCCCAGCUGGUGGGCCGGCCCAGCCGCACCCCGGAGCCCUGAGCAGUCCACACCGACCGCCCCUGAGGGCAGAACACGCUGCUCCCCCCUACCUCCGACCCCCUGAAGUCCAGGCUGCGCUGGGCCUCGGGUGCUGCCCCGUCUGUGCAGAAGCUGCUGUCUGGGCGCCGGGGGCGCCGGGGCCAGCGCGCUGGCGGGUGGCCGGUGUCGGGGCGCCGUCCGUGCCCACCGCCCAGGCCCUCCGCUCUCUGGAGGACGCCUGUCUCUUUUCUACUGGAUGCGAAAUUAAUUUUAUUGCCUUUUGAAAAUAACUUACCAUUAAAUUAAUAAAUCUUUUUAAAA